GCCGUUCUGGUGCACAGCGGAAGAUGACACCUUCAGGAGGAGGGGGGUUCAGUUCCAUUCAUCCGCUGUGGCUCUCGGCGAGGAUAGGUUCAUUGCGGCAUAUAGGGAAAGACACAUUUGAAGGAGAACGUUCCCUGUCUCAUCCGACAGAGUGGACCUCCGCUCCACAUGCCAGCCCACCGCAGCAGGUGGUCCCGGCGCGAUACGGGUUACUGGCAGUGAGGGACAACUGUGUCCAUCAGCGCAGGAAGGCAACAAAGGCUAUAAAUAGCUGCGGUUUGAAGCCGUCCGCAGAGAGCAAGUAGAGUGAGUUGAGCAAACCAAACGGUUCGUGAUGAAACAAUGAAAAGAGCUGCUUUUUCUUUUGAGGGGUCGACGUCCUUAAGAGGAAUUAGAAACGUUUAAUGCAACGUUUGAAGACCGAAAAAAGGAAUACAAAAUGUGAAAAAUCUAUAGAAAUGAUAAACAAACCACACAGGACUAAAUGUUAAUUAUGUGUGCGUCACUGCAGUGUAUUCAAGUUUUAUUCAUCUUAAAUAGCAUGACUCAUUUUUGCAUAACGCUGCAGAUGUCAGUUGUGUGUGACGUUCACGCGCUGAUGGAGCCUCUCAUGCAAGAUGCCCGUCAGCACCAAACCAAGUGACAUCCACACACCGACGUUAUGAGCAAUCAAUCAGGGAUCAAACAGCCAGACUUGUAGGCAACAGCGAGGCAACAGGGACCUCAUGUGGUCAGAAGCAUGCAGUGUUUCCAGCAGUUUGCAGAAAAUACUCAACUGAGGAAAUCUCAAUAUCUACGGAUUGUUUUGCACCUGCUUCGAUGGUAAACUGAUGCAAAAUGACAUCCACAACAUGUAAAAAAAAUCUAUAUAUAUAUUUUUUUAUAUAUAUAUAUAUAUAUAAUAUUGAGUUACAUUAAUAUCGAGCCAGUGGAUAAUAAUUGUUCAGAGUUGAUCAGUUGAUCGAGCUACGUUUUCUCUCUUUAAACAACCAGCGUGCAACGCAGUGAGCGAUUUAAUUCUGUCACGUUUUAGUUGCGCGUUUUGUAGUCCUUCUUUCGCUGUAGUUCCACCGUAACAGCGCUCACGUCACUGACACGCGCCGUCGCGUCAUGAUGACGCGGCUCAUUGCUCCGCCCUCUUUCUCUGCUGUUAUGAGAGCGGAACGGCCGGAGUCGGAACCUGGUCCACCAUGCUGCGAGUCACGACCUCCUCGCUGUGCGCCUGCAGCCGGAGGUUGAGGCUCCUCGGCCCGCCCUCUGCCUCCGCCUCCACGGCGGCCCCUCCCCCUAAAACGCCGGAGAACCAGCUCACCGUGCGGUCCCUCUACCAGCUGUCGGUGGACAUCCGUAAGGUGCGCAAGUCCAAGGCCUGGGUUCUGUCCGAGGGAUCCGCGUACGUCCGCGAAACCGCCGAGCUGCUGCGGGACAUGGGCGCCGACGCGACGGCGAUCGCGAGCAUCCUGGAGACGCACCCCGAGGCGGUCCUGUGUCGCCCGGAGGAGGCGGCAGCCCAGCGCGACCUUUGGGUGUCCGUGUGCCCCAACAAGCGCGAGCUGAUGAGCAUGGUGGAGAAGUUCCCGGCCUCUUUCUUCACGCUGACCCACCACGGGCACCAGCGGGCAAACGUCCUCUUCCUCCAGAGUCUGGGCCUCGGCAACAGGAUCAUCGGCAAGCUGAUGGCCAGCGCCCCGCAGAGCUUCAGCCGACCCGUGGGGCUCAACAAGGAGGUCGUGCACACCCUGAGGGAGACCUACCUGGAGCUGGGCGGGGACGAGGGCGACCUGCGCGUCUGGCUGCGGAAGCUCCUCGCGCAGAACCCGCACAUCCUGCUGCGGCCGGCCGGCGCCUGGAGGGACAGCCUGGGCUUCCUGAGGGAGCGGGGCUUCACCACGGAGGAGCUCCUCGGCCUGGUCUCCAGCCUCAGGGCCUCCGUCGCGGAGCUGCGGCCGGAGGCCAUGCGCCGGGCGCUGGGUUACGUGGAGGCGGCCCUGGCCUGCUCCGAGGACGAACUGAAGCAGAUAGCGACCCGCUGCCCGGCCGUUCUGCACCACUCCCUGCCCACCCUGGCGGGGCGUUUCCAGGGGCUGAUGGACGUCGGGCUGAGCGCGCAGCAGGUGAAGGAGUCCCCGAACGUGCUGGAGCUCACCACGCCGAUCGUGCUCUACCGCAUCCAGAAGCUGGCCUCCCUGGGGUACGACGUGCGCUCGGGCAGCCUGGACGUCGUCGCGGGAACCAAGAAGGACUUCGAGACCAGCUGCGGCAAACUGCACCUGCGGCAGCGGCGGCCGAUGUUCAACCCCGUCGCUCCCCUCCGGCCGGCCGAGGAGUGAAGGUGCGCGAUACGCUGUUACGUGCUGGGUUCAGCCAUGCGACGCAGGUACUGCAUCUUAUGUCAGCAUACUGACAAAACGUUGGCUGUGAUUCAUAACAUGAUGCUUUUUAUGAGCAAUAAAUGCUGCGUCUACA